AUGCCGUUUUUUGCACAAACAGCUUUAGCGGAAGAUCGAACAUUGACGGGUUCCUCCGAAGACCAACAUGGAAGUGGUGAGUAUCCGCAGAUUUCCGUAGAAAUCGUAUCAGCACGCUCAUUUGAUCCCGAAAAAAACGCAUCAAACUUAAAAAUUGUCAAAGAUACGAUUGAUAAUUAUUCAAAAUCUGAGGGCAUUCGGUACCCGUCAGAUAACAUCAAGCAAUCUGUACAGAAUCACGGUGGCAAGUUUGCUGUUCUUUUCGAAACAGAAGACGCAAAAUGUGAUGAGGUUCUUCGCUUCAUUAAUGGUGCAAAGAAACACUCGAACGAGGUUGUGUAUGCCAUACUAAAUUGCGAAGGACAACCAUCACAAAUUAUCUAA